AUGACACACAAGUCCAAGGUUCUCUUCCUGGGCAACACCAGGCAAGCUCAAGAGGAGUUCGACUCGCUCUCUGAGAUUGUAGAGGCCAUCUGGCCCAAAUCAACAGAUCGAGCUGGUUUCUUAGAGGAGAGCAAAUCUGGCGCCUUUGACGGAAUUGAGGCUAUCUACCGCACAAACAAGACUUAUACCACCGCUGGCAUGUUUGAUGCCGAGUUACUCGAUAAUCUGCCCAAGACACUAAAGUUUAUCUGUCACAACGGCGCUGGAUAUGAUCAAAUUCAUAUCCCAGAGUGUACUUCUCGUGGUAUCCGUGUUUCCAACACGCCAACAGCUGUGGAUGAUGCAACGGCUGAUAUAACCAUCUUCCUUCUCAUCGGUGCUUUGAGAAAUCUCUCGUCUAGCAUCUUCACUCUUCGUGAAGGCACUUGGCGUGGCAACCCUGCUCCUCCACUAGGCCAUGAUCCCCAAGGCAAGGUGCUGGGUAUCCUAGGAAUGGGUGGUAUAGGUCGUAAUGUCGCCCGCAAAGCUCGUGCUUUUGGCAUGAUCGUCAAGUACUAUAACCGUAGCCGUUUAGCUCCAGAACUUGAAGGCGAGGCUGAGUAUGUUGACUUUGAGACCCUUCUCAAAGAAAGCGAUGUGUUGAGUCUCAACCUACCCCUGAACCCCAAGACACGACAUACAAUCGCGAAGCCUCAGUUCGAUAUUAUGAAGCGCGGUGUUGUCAUUGUCAAUACCGCCCGCGGAGCUGUAAUGGAUGAAGCCGCUCUUGUUGAUGCCCUUGAGUCAGGACAAGUUGCCAGCGCCGGACUCGACGUUUUCGAGAAUGAGCCUGAGGUCCAUCCAAGUUUGGUGAGUAACAAAAACGUACUGCUUGUCCCGCAUAUGGGAACUUGGACAGUGGAAACCGAAAGGGCAAUGGCGGCCUGGGCUUUUGACAAUAUUCGUCUAGCGGUGACAGAGGGAAAGCUGAAGAGUAUCGUGCCAGAGCAGAAUGAUAUAUAA